AUAACAUCAUAGGUAGUAUAUUAAUAAAAUUUGCGUAUACACCCUAUGACCAAAAUACAAUUAACUUUUAAUAAUGUUUAUCUUUUCUUAGUCUAUAUUUUACAUGUUUAAACGUUAACAUCAAAUUAUUAAUUAAAAAGUGAACCGUUAUGGCUUGUUUUGGAAGGACUUAUGUGGUUAAUGAAGACAAUGGGUUCUAUAAUGGAAAGAAAGUAAAACGAUACAGAGACUCGUCUUUUCGGUCAAUGAUAACAUUUAUGUUAUUACUUUUGGUGUUUUGGAUGUUAGUGUCAAGUGCUAUAUGGGCGAUACAAAGUUCAAAAGAUGAAAAAUCGAAAUCUCACUCAAAUUCCUCAAAAGAAGAACAAGAACUUUUACAAGAUAAUAUCGAAAAAUUUACUGAAAAGAUCGUUUCAUCUAGUACAAAUAAAAUUCCAAUAACUGAUAAAUUGGAAAAAGAGACUGUGUAUACUGACGAAAAAAACAAUUCAAAGCAAAUAACUAAAGUUUACCCUAAUUCAAAUAAUACCACUAGUACAAAGAAUCCUAAUAUUAAAAGUACAAUACAAGACAGAACUAUACAACAAAUGUUUACAACAAAAUCAUCCGAUUUAUCUACGCACAAUCUUAUUUGGACUAGUUCAAGUAAUUCAGAACAAAUAAAGACAAAAACCACAGUUUCUAAUAUUAAAGAAGUAACUUCUCAGUACUCAACAGAUUAUAAUAUAGGUGAACCAGAAACUGUUACAAAAAAAUCAUCUAAUUUAUCAGAGAAUUUGGGCAUCUCUACAACUACAGAAAAUACAGUUAAAACGUCACCUAAAAGUGCAACUAAGGAAUAUUUGGUCAGAAGUUCCUCAGAUUUUCCAAUAGAUAAAACAGAAUUUUUUGAAGUAACAUCACCAAAAAAUUAUUUUGAAAAUAAAUUGUCCACUUCAUUUGGUUCACCAGAAAUUGAAAAUGAAACUGAUAUGACAAGCCAAAAUUAUGUUCAAUCGUCUACUGAUACAAGUCAAAAUACGUAUACUCAACAAGAAAAGCUACAAACUACCGACAAUGUAAUAGAAAAUGAUUAUAUACAAUAUUACAGUGAAAAUAUUAUUAGAAGUAAGUCAACUGAAAGCUUAUGGAAAAUAUCAACAACAGAAGAGAAUAUUGCACAAGAAAAUAUCCAAUAUAGAACUACUAAUUUGAUACAAAUUUUAACUGAAUCAACCAUCAGGGAUCAAGACAUAAAAUAUAUUGAGAAAUAUACUGAAUCCACGGAUGGAGAGUCACAAACAACGACAGAAAGACUUAAAAAUAUAUCAAAGAAUAUAACAGGAAAUACAUCAACUGAAAAUAAAUAUACUGUUCCUAUCACAACUGAACAAAGUGACCUAAAAGGAAAUACCAAGUUUGUGGUUGAAAAUUCAACACAUCAAGGAAAUUUCGUAUCUUCAAAUACAGAUUCAACAACAGAAAGGGGUGAAAGUAUAAAAGAAUUAACCGGAUAUACAGAGAAAAAUAUAUCUGACUUUAAUUUAGAGGACCCAACUACUACUCAAAACACUAUUAAAUAUCAAACUGAAAAUAACUUAGACAGAUUUGAUGAAUCUUUAGAAAAUAUUUCAAUAACCACUAUGUCUUCUGCACGAAAUUUGACAAGCAGAGAUUUCUUUAUAGAGAAAACUACACAAAGCAUACUGGGAAACAAACCUGAAAACCUCGAGUCCACUACAGAAGAAACAAAUUUUGAAGAUGGUUUUAAAACCACAAGUAACUCUUUGCUGAAUAUUUUAGUAUCUGAGACAACUAUACAAUUCAAAUCAGAUACCAACAAUAACAAGCAAGGAAUAACAACUUCACAAGAAGCAAAAACCAGUGCCAAAACUACCAGUAAACCACUUGUAAUUCUAAAAGAACCAACUGUGCAGAACGUCACAGAAAAAAUAAAAUUGUGCGAGACAGCUGUCUGUAAAGGUAGAGCUAGUCAAAUAUUAGAACAUAUAGAUUAUUCUACUGAUCCUUGUGACAAUUUUUAUGAAUUUUCUUGUGGACGCCAUCCAAAAUCUAAAUCCGAUAAAAUAACGAAAAUUUUGCUCGAAGCUUACUACAAAGAACAAAUUCCAAAAGGCGGAAAUAUGAAGAUGUUUAGAAAUUUCUUUGAGACCUGUGUAGAUUAUGAAAGGAACACUUGUUUGAUGGAGAAAAAUAAAAAUGUUCGAAAUAUGAAUAUUCGUAAGGAUGAUUUGACAAUUUUAUUAAAAUUUUUGCUAUUACGACAAUCCACUCCUUUAUUUGACAUCAAAUUUGGACCAAUUAACAAUCAGAAGAAGUAUGGAAUUCAGAUAUUACCUCCAAGCACAAGCUACCAAAAUGUGGGUUUAAAAAAAUGGUCCCUCAAACGACACAUUGAAGAGAUUUGUUAUGCAGCGGAUCCCAGUUUAAAUUAUAAAAAAGAAAUUAACCUACCCAAAGUUUAUAAAAGUUUCAAGACCUGUCAGAAAGAUAUGUUUAAAAAAAUAACAGAAAACUUUUUUUCUUCUGACAAUACAUCGGUCGGAGAACAAAACAAUUUUAUAAAUUUCUUCGCGCAGAUAACGUCUGCUGUUUCCAAUUUCAAUUAUCAACACGAAAUUCUGAAUAAAAAUUAUGUUCAGACAACUAUCGCUGAAUUAAGAAACAAAUAUGGAGAUGUAGUAAAUUGGAAAGACUUGUUUAAGAACAUAACUUAUGGAGAAUUCGAUGAAAGUACAACUAUUUAUAUUUUUAUGGAGAAGAACUAUUUUCAUCCACUAAUAAACCACCUUAAAAUAGCAGUUAAAGCUAACGAAACAAAGAUUCUAAAUCACAUAGUAACGUACUUCCAGAUGGAGCUAGAAAAAUUCCUUUUGAAAGACCUAGAUGACAAGGACGAGUAUUGUAUGGAUCAAGCCACAGAAUUGAUGCCUGAAUUAGCAAAUCAAAUUUUUAUACAAUAUACACAUCUGAAAUCAUCAGAUUCUGAUAUUAUUAAUACCGCAUUUAAUGAUACAAAAGACCAGUUCUAUUGGUUAAUUGAUCAGUCCCAGUUAGAGGAAGCAAAUAAAAUCGUAAUUAAAAAUAGGCUCGAUUCUCUCAAACUAGCCCAUUUCUUAGAUGCGAAAGAUACUCAACAAUUUUCUGAUUCACUUUUAGAAAAUGUAUAUGUUUCCAAGGAUCAUCUAUCGAAUAUUUUUAUGCUAGUUGAAAACAGAAGAAAAUAUUCGUAUUCUUUACGUAAUCCGAUGAAUACAUUUUACUUACACAAUUUGAUGGACAAACCGUUUGAAAAAUAUCCCAAAUAUAUUUCAUACAAAGACACUAUUGUGAUUCCUAAUGCUUUUGUAUAUGAAGUCUCUAAAAUGAAGGACAACAAGGAACCAGAAUAUAUUUUACAAACCUAUAUGAAAUUUUAUUUAAGCAUAGAAAUAGCUUUAUUUUUAGAUGAAGUUCACGAGAAUUUAAAAUCAUCCUUUUAUUCAAACUUUAUCAAAAAUAUAAAUAUAUACUUAUAUCCGGACGAUACCAUACAAUUUAAUAAUCAACUUAUAUCAUUUAAGUUACCAGAAGAUAGUAAAUGGGACUCUGUAAAAGCUCUGUCUAACAGAAAUAGAAUUUCUGAUAACCUAGCUUUAAAAGUGGCUUUUGCAGAAAGUUUUAGCGAAAAUAUUAAUAGCACGGGAGUUUUACCCUGGAUUUCAAACGAUUUUAGUGCAGAGGAGCAAUUUUUUAUUAUUAUAGCACAAGAAUACUGCCAGAAAGAAAAUAUUAUUGAGUUGGCUCAAAGUUUGUAUGAAAAUCCACAGAUGCCACCAUUAUUUCGAUUGUACAGUCUUUUAACCAAUUCUGAUGAUUUCCAUUCACAAUUCGAAUGCAAGCCUGGCACCAAGAUGAAUCCAGGAAAUAUUAUUACGCAAUUUGACAGUUUCACUUACGAAUACGAAUAUACGAAUUGAUAUUUUUGUAAAUUAUUUUUUUUUCUAUAAAAUCAUUUUGUUUU